AUGACAGUCCGCGACGCGUCGCCUCCGAGGCCGUUGUCAAAUGCGGAGCCUGAGGAGAUAUACAGCGAAACUGUCCGUUUGGAGGAGGAGACGUUCUCCUGGUACGACCCAGACAAGUGGUAUCCGGUAAGGAUUGGGGAGGUCUUUGAAUCACGGUACCAGGUUCUACUGAAGCUCGGCUUUGGUUCUGCAUCGACUUCGUGGCUAUGUCGAGACUUACGGGAACACUCCUACGCAACUCUCAAGGUAUAUGCUACGGGAAAUAGCCAAGCGUCCGUAGAGAAAAACGUACUCCGUCAUUUGGGAGAUAUUACCUCCGACCACCCUGGCGCUAGGCUCAUACGAGUGGCGAAGAACACGUUUGAGCUCCCUGGGAAGAAAGAAAACCACAUUUGUCUCGUGUUAGAGACACUCGGCAUAUCUUUGGCUGAUAUACGAGAAAUGGCGGGCGGCAAGGUUCCCGCCAAUCUUCUCAAAGGUCUUAUCUACGGCGUUUUGCUUGGGAUAGACUACCUGCAUUCAGUUGCAAGGGUAAUUCAUACAGACAUACAGGAUGGAAACAUCAUGCUGUCGGUCAAAGAUCGCAGUGUUCUCGACAGACUCGUCGAGGACGAAUUGGAGCUUCCGAGUGCACGGAAAAUCCUAAGGGACCGGAUAAUCUAUGCGUCUACAGGUCUUGAAAUACCGGACCAACCUGGGGAGCCGGUAAUAGCGGACUUUGGAGAUGCAAGAAUCGACGAGGGUGCGUUUGAUUUUGAAGAAGAAGCCAUGCCAGACUUGUACCGAGCACCUGAAAUAGUGCUUGGAGUGCCAUGGAACGAGAAGAUCGACAUAUGGGCGUUGGGUUUGUUGGUAUGGGAUCUGUUCGAAGGCCUCAUGGAAUACUUUCACUGGUGCGAAGACAUGUCUAUGGAGCCUAUCUUGGAUGUUUGGGCUGGUCUUGGACUUGCAGGCCUCCCGCCGUUGAUGGGUGCGGAGCUUGAACCAUUCGUUGAGGACGCGAUUCGCGAGAUAGAAUUUGUCAUCGGCGACAUCAACACCUCGGGAGGCGCACUUCGCGCUUCUCUUGGACAUCCGGAGCCAUACCCACUCAAGUUCGUCGAGAUUGGAAACGAAGAUAAUCUCGCUGGUGGCUGCGAGUCCUACAAACAACGGUUCGUGCAGUUCUUUGACGCCAUCAAGGAGGCUUACCCGCACCUCACCAUCCUCACAUCCACAUCCGACCGCAACUGCCUGCCGGACCCAAUCCCCGAGGGUGCAUGGCUCGACUUCCAUGACUACAACGUCCCGGAGAAUUACAUCAACGCAUUCGACUUCUACGACGACUGGGACCGCGCUCAUCCUGUCUUCAUCGGCAAGUACGCCAGGUGGGGCGUCAAGUGGUCCGACAUGCGAGGUGCCUGUUCUGAGGCGGUUUACAUGAUGGGCUGGGAGCGCAACGCGGAUUUGAUCAAGCUGGCCGCGUAUGCGCCUACGCUGCAGAAUUACGAUCCCGUCAACGGUCAAUGGACUCCCAACCUCAUCCCGUUCACCAACAAGCCCAACGGCAUCGUUUACACCCCGUCGUACCAUGUUAAGAAGAUGUUCGCCAAUAAUCACGGUGAUGUUGUCGUUCCCGUCACGGCUGACGCGGAGGUCAAUCCAGUCUGGUGGGCUGCAAGCAAGAAGACAGACGGCCAGUUUAUUGUGAAGCUUGCCAACUACGCUUCCAAUUCGACUGAGGCUCGCAUUCAAAUCCCUGGUAAGGCGGGCUUGGAGGCUUCUUUCACUUCCAUCACGGCCGGCCCUGACGACGCCAACUCUGUCGAAACCCCUGAUGUCAUUGCUGCACCCGCAGUGAUCAACGUUUCAGGAGAUGCCGACGGAAUCUUCACUGUUGAACUGGGCCAGUUCGGGGGAUACAACUUCAACGCCGCCAACAUGCAAAUGACAACUUUUACCGCUGCCCUUGCCGGCAUCUUCUUUGCCGCCUCUGCCAGUGCCACAUGCACCACAUCCUGGCCUGGCUUCACCUGCCGCAGCACCCAGCUGGGCUGCUGCUUGGACAUUAGCUACGGGGUGGCUGAGCAGAACGGCAAGGACGAGAAUUGGAGAUACGACUGGAGUAGAUCCAACUGCAACACCUGCAAGCCUUGA